AUGGAGUUCUUAACUCAAUUCGAGACUUCACUGAACAUUUUGCGUGAAGACAAAGUUCGAGGUUUGACUAUAUAUUGCUGCUCUGCCUCUUGCAGAUUCCAACAUCCUCAUCAGCAACAACUCUUCAACUCCAUCAGUAAUCCUUUCUGUCUCUAUUUAACAAUCUUGCCUUCUUCACUCAUCAAAAUGUUCGUCUACGAAGGACGUCUCGACUGGAAGCCAUACGGCGAUAACGAGACCUUCGUUAUAAUCCUGCCCGACGGUCCAGUUCGCGUCGGUGACACCGCCUAUCUCUUUUCCCAAUGGACCAAAGACGCUCAGGGCACCAAGAAGGCCAACUUCUUUCAGAAAUCUGCCAUCGAGAAGGUCUCCAAGACUCCCAGCGGUGAUGACACCGUCAUUGCCAAGGCUUCCUACUACAGCUGGGAGGUCACCUCUCGCGACAUCUAA